AUGGAUCGUCGAUAUCUGGUAGCAAAACGACGUUACGAUGAAAAAAACAGUGAUCAACAACAAAAUGCAACCAGGAACAAUACUCGUUCAAGCAAUGUUCAACAGAAUCGUCAUGGAAUUAAGAAGGCCGUAUCAUCGAAAAACAUUGCAGACGCACGCAUGAAAAGAUUGAGGGAGUCGUUGGCAAAUGAUUUAAAUGAAUCUGAUUACAUAGGUUCUACCCCACCAGCAAAACGGUUUGCACCUGAUUCUGAAACCAGAACUUCAGAGUGUUGCAAUGUACCAGAACUUGAAUCAAAUAGCCCACUACAUCUUAGUCACACACUUGCUCCAUAUUCAUCACAACUUCCUGCAACUCCAGGCAUUGAACAGAAAGCAGUUAGUUGCAAAUCUCCCAGGAAAAACUUCACACCUUACAGCAACUUUUCACCUCCAUCCACUUCAAGACAAUCAGCAAAUAAGAGACUCAAGGAUGCAAUUACAUCAACACCACAGCACAUAAAACAUAAGAAAUAUUCAAAAGCAGCUACAAGUCUUGAUGAUCACUUGACUUUCACACAAUUUGUGCAGAAUAAUACUGCAAGUACCAGUGGUGCUGAAUUGUUAAAUGAUGAAGAUAGUGUUAUCACUGACUUGUCUGCCUCCAGUAAUAAUUUUAGCAAUCUCUCCACCAGUUCAAUUUCUAAUGUUUCAUUAUUGUGUCAUGCAAAUAAUUCAACCAGGGAGGAUAUUGAUAUUGAAAAUAUGGAUUGGUCUCCAAUAUCAGAAGAACAGUUGCUAUCAAAUAUUCGUGAAGCUAGAGAAAGCUUGUUUUCAGUACAAAAUCAACAACAACUUGCCUUGAAUAAAAAUAAGGAUUUCUCUGUUGGACAUUUGAAUACAGAAAAUCUCUUUGUGGUUGUUGAUACUAAUAUUUUUAUAGAUAAACUACAAACGGUUAUUAAUAUUAUGCAUAUUUCUUAUGCAGAUGAUUCUCAGCCAGUAAUUUAUGUGCCUUGGAUGGUAAUACAAGAGUUGGAUUACUUUAAAGACGGCUAUAGUUUGUCUGAAAAGCAUCCUGUGUCAAAAAUAAUUCAGACACGCUGCAGGAAAGCCGUGAAAUUUAUUAAUGAAUGUCUGAUCGCUGGCAAACAGAACUUUAAAGGUCAACCUGUCCAGCGAGCGGCAGAAACUCGCCUGAAGGGACAUUCUGCAGACGAUUCAAUUCUCUCAUGUUGUGUUCAAUUGUUUAGUGAAGGUUUUGACGUUAUUUUAUUGUCUAGUGAUACUAAUUUAAGAAAUAAGGCAAUGAUUAGUAAUAUACGCGCAUUCGCACCAAUCGAAAUAAUGAACGAGUUGAAGAAAAAAUCACUGAAGAAAACUUUCAACUUUGUCGAUGAGAUCUCAAAGAAACUAGCUCUGAUUUGCAGUUUUGUGCUACAUUUUGAAAUCAAAGCACAUUACGGUGAACGCCACUACGAACAACAAUUGUUUAAAGAUCUGCCGUGGCAAUUUCGAGAUUGCAUCAAGUAUAUGCGUGAACAUUUCGAUCCUGUUUUUCGUUCACAUCUGCCUAAACAAUGCAGAAAAGUGGUGGAUGACUUGCAUGAGUUUUUAUUUGUCAAUGAAGCAAUUGUCAACGAAAUUAAAUUCACGGAGUUGUGCCUUUCCCUGCUCAUAUAUCUACAAACUGGAUUGCCAAAAUACGAAACAAACAUCCACAACACCAUCAAGAGAUAAAAGAGCUGGAGCGCGAAUUUUUUGUUUGAAUUGCAGUUGAUAAUGUUGAUAACGACACAUUGACUGAAGAAGUCCAUAUAGUUUAUGAUAUUUUUAUAAAGUUGUGUUACAAACAUUUGAAUUCAAUAUGACUUGUCUCGAUGUUA